UUAACCUCUUCUUCAUCACGUCACAUCCAGGCUCUGUGCUAAGUAUCUAACUCACGUGUGAAAUGUCGAACUCAGCUCCCCCAGAGUAUACAAAGCUCUUACCUGUUGACGAGCAUCCAGAGACGGAGUAUGGCUCUGUCGAUGACGGGGAUUGUUCAUCUUCUGAGCAGCAAACCACCAUCUUAGAAGAGGCAAAGGUGAUCGCUAGGUCUUCUUUGUCGCUCAUCAUUACCUUUUUCUUACAGUACUCUUUGAAUGUUGUCUCCAUUUUCUCCGUUGGUCACCUUGGCAGAACCGAACUUGCUGCAGUGUCUCUAUCCACGAUGACCUUUAACAUCACCUCUGGUGUCUUCAAUGGCAUGGCUACGUGUCUCGAUACCUUCUGUGCACAGGCCUAUGGCGCAGGCAAGCCCAAGCUGGUUGGCUUGCAUUUUCAGAGAUGCCUGUGUAUGGUGUUGACCAUUGCAAUUCCAAUCAACUUGUUAUGGUGGUUCUCGAGUCCAAUUCUGAACGUUUUCGUCAAGAACAAAGAACUGACUGAUCUUGCACAGACUUACCUGAGAAUUGUCUCAAUAGGAUCGCCUGGUUUCAUCCUUUUUGAAACAGGCAAAAGAUUCCUACAAGCACAGGGAAUCUUCCACGCUGCUCAGUAUGUGUUGUAUAUCUGUACACCAAUUAAUGUUAUCCUGAACUAUCUACUGGUCUGGGAUAAAGACAUUGGUAUUGGAUUCUGCGGUGCACCUUUGGCGACAGCCUUUAGUUAUACACUGAUGGCUGUGCUGCUCUUCCUUUAUGUCUACUUUAUCGAUGGUUCUAAAUGCUGGAACGGUCUCCACAUUAGGGAAUCGUUCAAAAAUUGGGGUCCAAUGGCUUCUUUGGCACUGCCGGGUGUUAUCAUGAUUGAAGCAGAAUUCCUUGCUUUUGAGAUAUUGACGUUGAGUGCUGCUCGUCUGGGGACUGAAGUUUUGGCAGCCCAGUCGAUUGCUUCAACAUGUGCUUCGCUGAUUUUCCAGAUCCCCUUCGGGUUGAGCAUUGGUGCUUCGACAAGAAUUGGAACCCACAUAGGAGCACAGUCUUUGGCGAACGCUCAGACUGCCGUCACGGUCUCCUUAGAAAUCGCCACAGUCUUGGGAAUCUUUAUUACUUUUUGUAUCUACAACGGAAGAAGAGUUAUUGUAACUUGGUUCACAGAUGAUGCUAAGGUGAUUGAGCAUGCGUUGGUGGCUUUGAGAAUCUUAGCAGUUAAUCAGCUCUAUGACUCAAUCAAUGUCAUUGCAGCGGGGUGCUUGAGAGGGCAAGGUCGUCAAAAGAUUGGAAGUAAUCUCAAUCUAUUAUGUUAUUAUACAGUUGCUGUUCCACUGGCUUUGUUGUUAGCUUUUAGAGAGGGCUGGGGGCUCGAAGGUCUGUGGGUUGGUUUAGGUGUCGGUAUCUUAAUUCUGGCUGUUAGUGAAGUUUUUGCAGUGUUGAGGGUCGACUGGGACUGGGUUUUAAAGAAAUCAAUGGAGAGAAACAACGUAACAUAGUGCAAUACAACAUUUUUAACUAAGUAUGAUUCUCG